AUGAACAAUGGCCAUGGCUUAGGUUGUCAAGGUUUGCGUGUAUCGACCGGUUGCGGUAGAGUUCAAGACAUCACGGGCGGCCAUGUCUGUAUGAACAGCACAGCUGUCUCGCUGGAGGAUCUCGGUAGCAUUUCUCUUGACGAUGUUUUAUUCGGUGAAGCUUCCUUUGAUGACCUGUUAAUAUAUUUGAGGCCUGAUGAUGAAUGUGUUCCUCUUGAAGAAAUUUCUGUUGAAGUGAUCGAUGAUGGGGAGAGCCGUCAGGUAAGGGUGAAGACUGAAUGCUUACUCACUGACAGGCCUAUUCCUUCAUAUGAAGUCGUCGCCAAGUCCGAAAGGGGUUUACGACUGCCCGCAAAACAUUUGAAGUGGGCUUACGAUGUGCUCAGUAAGGACUGGAGGAAUUUGGUGCCAUUCGACAUUACGAAUUUGACGGUUUUCGGACUGGCCAAAAAGGCCGUGGAAGCGGAGAAUGCGGAGGAGAUCAAUUUUAUGUUGGCAGCAAGCCGCUACGCAUUGGAGUGGGGUGAGUGGAACAGUGAAGAGUUUCAACAACGACUGAACUGUGGGGUACUGGACGCGGAGUAUUGUCGAGCUGGAACGUGUCGGCGGCAGCUGUACAAGCACAAGAUUGCAUUGGAUAAGGUGAAUGAGGCCAUAGAGGACAUAUUGCAGUGUUGGCCCAUGUCUAAAUUUUUCGCUGGAUCGCUCUCAACGCGCAUGCGUACUUGGUGGAAGCGUCGUGGUCAAUUUUUCGUUUCUUCUCAGGAACACGAUCUAUUCGAUUGGGAGUUGGAUGGGCUGCUUUUAAACAAGGCGGGAUCACUGGGAGUGCCGUUAAGAGAAGUUCCAAAGGCGAUUCGGAGGGAGCAGAGGAGACGUAAGGCAAUACAGCUUCGAGGCGAAGUUGUCGGUGACACGAUACCGCCAUUCUUAGUCGGUCGUAGGGGACACAAGUUUCAGAUAGCGACGGCAGACGAGGCAGAGCUUCGGGUCAGCCCACCAUGUUUGGUGUGGGCCUAUGACGUGAAUUUCCAUGGCUGGUGGAAUACGGUGACCAAGGAUAUAGAUCCGAUCGGGCUGUCAGUAUUUGGUUUAGCCAAGGCGGUCGAGAGAAUUUGGAACCAAGUGUUUACUCUGUCAGCCUCCUGUUACUCUUGCACAGAAACUGGCAUAAGUCAUCGGGAUGGAAAAGGAUGCGAAAGGUGUGAAAGUCCUUGGGACCAAGUGGAAUUUUGGGAAUGGCUACGUUCAAGACAUUUGUGUGGUAAAAGAAACAUGAACAUUUUCAACAGUAGAGACACCUACAGGGACCAUGUAACCUACAGGGACCAUGUGACCUACAGGGACCAUGUGGACGAGAUUGCUAAUAGUGUCGGGUUUGCACUUCCCACACACCGAAAUAGCAAGAGGUACAAUUUGUCCCCAUGGGAGUGCGAUCCAACGGUGUUCCGUUGUAGUUCUAGAGCAAUGGAAAAAAGAAUGGCUUACUGGUGGAACCAGCGAGUUAAGGAGGUCAAACUGGAUCCAAAUGGUCUGGACCGAUGGGAAUUUGAACGGGUACUUCUGCAUAGACUGACUGAGCAAAGCCGGGUAUCAGGAGCUCAGUAUUCGCUAUAUCCUACAAUGCCCGGUCCUUUUACAUCUGCCGCUACUUCACGUAAAAGGAAAAAAAAACCGACUACUUGA